AUGGUUGGGCUGGUGAAACCGCUAUGGACGCACCGGGAUUUUGCACUCGUCUUUGCGUCGCGGUUCCUGUUCCAGUUGGGGAUCGGGACGAUCCAGCAGUUCAUGCAGUACUUCAUCCAAGACUGCGUCCCCACAACCCUCCCCCCCACCCGCGCCGUCUCCCUCGCCCUCCUCCCUCUCCUCCUCACCUCCCCGCUCACCGCCCUCCUCACCACCUCCCUCCCGCUCAAAAAACCCACCGUCUACACCUCCGCCCUCCUCUUCACCCUCACCUCCCUCCUCCUCAUCUCCACCCGCUCGUUCCCCGUGGCGCUGGUCGCGAGCACGGUGUUUGGCGUCGGGUAUGGCCCGUUUGUGUCGGUUGAGUUUGCGAUGUUGAUGGAUGUCUUGCCGGGACGCGGCGACGUCGCGAGGGAUAUCAGUCUGUGGCAUUCGGCCCUCGUGUUGCCACAGAUUGUCGCGGUGCCGCUGGCGGGGGUUGUGAGGGAUGUGGGACAGAGGUGGGGGGAGAAGGCGGGGGAUAACGAGCUGACGGUGGGAGGCGGGAUGGGGAUGGGAGGUGGGGAGGGAGAGGAGAGGGGGUGUUUGGGAUACCAGAUGAUUUUUGCGAUAUGUAUUGUGUAUUUCGCGGCGGGGGUUGUGGCGACGAGGGCUAUCCGGGGUGUGCGGUAG